GUUCGGUUUUUCGGUGUCUCCGCAAAAUUAAAAAUUUCUUAAUAUCAAAUUGUCUUCCGCAUACAAGAAACAGUUCGGAUGUUGACAGAAUAUAUUUUUUUAUACAAAAAGUCAAUAAAAAUCUCGAGAAAAUAAAUUUUUUGAGUAACGUCUAAGAAUGUUGCCAACACGCUGGUAAAUUCACGGUUGCAUCAGAAGAAACCGUCUGUGACAUCUUUAAAAUUAUGCUCGCAACCAUCGGCAGAAUGAUGUUCUUCAUGUUGUGGGCCGCCCUCCUGGCGCGCCUUGUAACUGGCCAGAGCCAAGAUUCCUGUUACGCUGACGAUGUUAACCCGUACCUCCUGUUUGCCACUGACACACCGUACGAAGAAGUAAAUGAUAUGAACGCAAGACCCGUGAUUAUUGAACAAUGUGAAGCUAAGCAGUUCUGGCUGAUAUCUCGCCAUGGAACGAGAUAUGCCGAUGCUGAUGAGGUUGAUGACCUGAAAGAUCUUUAUGAUCUCCAGGCUAAGAUCAUCAAGAAUCAUGAGAAAGAUGGAAAGGGUACUUUAUGUGCUCAAGACCUCGAAAACCUCAAACUGUGGACUUUGCAAGUUGUCUCAAACGUGAAGAGCGAUCUGACUCCCCAGGGUUACAAAGAUCUUCAUGACUUGGGUGAUCGAUUCAAGAGCCGGUUCCCAGCACUUUUCAAUCAGACGGUGACAAAGGACUCGUUCAAGGUCCGAUUCACUACAAAGCAGCGAACUGCAGCCAGUGCAAUUGCAUUUGUGGAUGGGUUAUUUGGAACUGGAAUGGGUCUGGAGUUUCCAGAACCUCUAGAUGAUGAUUUGCUCAUUAAGCCAUAUGCGAGCUGUAAAAAAUGGGAAAAGGACGUGGAAUCAAACAAAGAUACAACAAAGGAAAUGAAAAAUUUUGAAGGUGGUGCCUUAGUAACAACACUCCUGGGCACAGUGUCUAGUAGACUGGGAUUUGACAAGACACUUGACAUUGACGACAUAAACCUGAUAUACAGCGCGUGUCGAUAUGACAAGGCAUGGCACCUGGAUAAAGUCUCUCCAUGGUGUGCAGCCUUCACCGACGACGACCUCAAAGUCCUGGAGUACAGAGAAGACUUGGAACUAUACUACAGCACAGGAUAUGGUAACGAUCUGAACAAGAAGGUGGGCUGUCCCCCCGUCAAGGACUUUCUCGAUCGCUUUAGCGAUAUAGAGAAAGGCAACGCACAACCCGCCGGUGUGCUGUACUUCACUCACCAUGAAAUGAUUCUGCUACUUUUGACUUCACUGGGGUUUGAUAAGGAUCAACAACCUCUGACCAGCAAAAAUUAUGACCAAAUGUCAAAUCGACAGUGGAGAAGUUCUGUGAUCAGCCCGUUUGCUGCCAAUCUUGCAGCGGUAUUCUUUGAAUGUGGAGUGGGCGAACCAUACCGAGUCCAGCUCUACUUCAAUGAACACCUGCUGGACAUUGAUGGCUGCACCAAGGGGCUGUGUGACUGGUCAUACUUUAAAAAGCAGUUUGGGUCCAUUUCCAGUUCUUGUAAUCUUGAUUUCUGUUAAAAUAAAGAUUAAAUAAUGAAAUCAUGCCAGAGAUA